AAGUUGUGCAAUAUGAAAUUAAACAAUAAUCGUAAUGUUUUAAAGCUAAUAUUAUGAGUUAAAUAAUAUGUAAAUUAGAAAGGAGAGAUCUACAUUAACACAAUAUUAUAAUACGAACAACGGACGACGGAUUGUUUUGCUGUAAGUUGGUAAAUAAUAAAUAAUAUUGUCUUCCGGUUUCUAUAUAAAUGAUAAAUAAUUAUUACGAUAUACCUUAUUAUCCUGCGUAUUGAUUUCGGGUAUAUAAUUACUAUUUAGUAAUUAUACUAAGGCUGUUAGUUUACGCAUUAAUUACUUCGGCAAGGGAGAUAAGACGUAACGCUCCAACCUGCAUAGUGCAUAGCGUGAUCGCGGUUGUAGCAUAAAAAAUUAUUGAAACGAUACUGAUUCAGCUGAUCAAGUUCUUGUUUACCCAACUCCCAGAAACAUAGCAACGUUGGAAACGAGUCCGUACACGAGAUACCUUUGGGCCAUGGGGCUAUGGCGAGAUAUGCGUUUGUUAAGUUUGUUUACUCGAGUCACAGACACUGAUUAAUAUAUUAUAAUGUAUAUAAUAUGUAUCUGCGGUUACAGAUGACUGCGCUGCUAUUUUCAAGGCCACAAUCGUGUUUAGCUGAUCAGAUCGAUCACUCGGACGUGUCGUAAGCUCGAUUGAUAAUUCACAGUAAUUCCGCAAAAACAACCGCUGCGUGUCUACGAUUACUGAUAAGCCCUACCGCGCCAAUCUACCUGAAGUAUAUUGUUCUAUGAUUCUUGUGAUUGUACCUUGUCGGAUGUUAGAAUAUUAUGCCUACGAUUUUUACUAAACUUGUCAACACAACACAUUGUUAUUUCUUUUAUCACUAUUCAGUAUUGUAUACAGAGUACAGACUGUACAGUACUUAAUAUUAUUUACGUUUUUCAGUUUCGUUUAACCACUAUUGUAAUUGAGCAAAGAGGUAAAUAUGGCUACCAAAAAAAAUGCAUUUGCUAUUUUCUUGACUGAUCAUAGAAAUGAAGAAAUUAAUGACAGAAAAAAACCUUCUAGCUUCCAACAAUUAAGUAAUAAAUUAGCACCCAUAUGGAAUUCUAUGACUGAUGAAGAAAAAAAUAAAUAUAAGGUUCUUGCUCGUAAAAAUAAUUCAAACCAAGAUGAAAAGCCAUUUGCAAAGAUUAGUGAUCUACACAAUAAUAGUUAUGAUUUUUUGAAUAUGCAGAAAUGUUUGAUCAAGAUGUUUGAAUUUAUUCAAAAUGACAAGGAAUUACUUGAAAAGAAGUUUAUUUUAUUGCAUAUAAAUUGUCAUGCCCAUCAUGGAGAAAAAUAUUAUUUUCCUGCUGAAAUAGCAGCAUUAGAAUUCAAUUUAAUUAAUGGCGUUUUUCGUACAUAUCAUAAAAUUAUUGGUAUUUCUAAAAUUUACCCCAGAGGUUUAGCUGGAGGUAUGAGAGAAUAUUCCGACCUACUUCAUCAAAUUUAUUGUUGGCAUGAACAUCCGGAUGAUUAUCAAAAUAUAUUAUUGGAAUUUUUAUCAUUUUUAAAGAAUGAAAAAAUCAAUCUUACUGAUUUUCAAGAAGGCACGUUGGAAUUACCAUAUUUAUACACUGUCGAGACAGAAAUUGGUAUGGAUAUUAUGAAAGCUAAAAGUAGUUUAGAAAGAUUUUGUUCCACAGUUUUCCCGAAAGAUGAUGCUAAACGUUUUAAGUCUAUAUUCAAAAUAGGAAGUAUUAAUCAGUUAUUGUUGGAAAUAAAAAAAAAAAUGAAACUGCAUUUGGAUCCUCAAAAUAUAAAACAAGGAAUGUCAACUAAUGACAUAUUACAAUCGGAUAUGUUUGGACAUGGUCUUGGCUGUAUGUACCAUGAGAUGAGAGAUAUUGCAUUCAAAUGUUCCAAAGCUCGUGUUAUUCAGUGGAUGUCAAAUAUUUGCAAGCACAUAAGUACAUAUACUAGUUUACAGAUUAUACCUGGCAGACACAUAGCAGUUCAAUUAAAUGAUGGCUCAAGAAUGAUUAUUGAAAAUGCAAAUUUGCCACUAACCAAACAAGAUCUAAAAUUAAAUACUUCCAAGGAUGAUAUAUUAGGUGUCAAAUUAUCAAUUCUUUCACAAACACAACAUUCUUAUUCAAGUGACGAAGAAAAAGAUCUUUAUUGAACAAAUAAUACAUUUAAUUAAUCAGUUAAUGAAACAGUUACACAUUCUAAUAUGAGAUUUUUUUCUUGUAAUCUAAUGU